AUGGCCAACGCUACAGAUUUUUAUUCAAUUCGGUUAUAUUUUCAUUGGCUUGUGCUUGUAUAUGUAGGUGGUGGAACGAAAGACGACAACUCAACACCUUCUAUUAUUGACGAGAAGGUAUUAGCCGUGCUGGGGCCUUCCUGCGUCGGUCUCGAAAACCCUUUUGACGGUGAUUCGUCCGUAGUGGAGAACAAUGGGGAGAAGUGGAAGUGGUGGAAGUCCAGCAGGUGCCGGCAUUUUUUGUAG